GGAGGGACAAGUUUUUAGAGUGCACUUGCAGCUCUUCUUCGUUCGGGGGCAGAGGGUGGAGAAGACAGCGAUGGCCGGAUGGUGGUGCCUUGCCGGCGCUUUUUUCCUGCUUGUUGGUAUACUCCUCGCUCCCUAUUUGUACAAGAUGAACUUGAUCAAGGAUUUAAGGAUACAAGGCAACAGCAAGAAGAUUCUCGCGAAUUACUUGGAGUCGAAGAAACGGAAAUUGGGGAAACUUCCUCCAGUUUAUCCGAACGGGUGGUUCGCCAUCUUGGAAACUUUUCAAUUACACAAGGGCCAAGUGAAGCACGUGGCGGCGCUCGGCGAAAAUCUCGCCGUGUUCAGAACAGACGACGGGACGGUGAGAAUUUUAGACGCUUACUGUCCUCACCUCGGCGCCAAUAUGGCCGAGGGCGGUCGGGUCAAGGGGGACUGUAUAGAAUGUCCCUUCCAUGGCUGGCAGUUUCGUGGUUCCGAUGGCCAGUGCAGUCAUAUUCCGUACGCUGAAAAAGUGCCACAUAUUGCAAGGACAAGAACAUGGAAGUGUUGCGAAGCGAACGGGAUCAUUUUCGUGUGGUACCACGCGGAAGGACUAGAACCCACCUGGCAACCGCAGACGGUCAGAGAUGUUUCAAAUCGAAAGUGGCGUUAUCAAGGUCGAAACGAAUAUCUUAUCAACUGCCACAUACAGGAAGUCGCGGAAAAUGGCGCCGAUACGGCGCACCUCAGUGCAGUUCACGGCCCAGCGGUACUUUCGAACUUCAUCCAUCCACUUUCAUGGAUCGCUCGACAUUCCUGGACGAACAUCGGUUGGACGCCGCACAGUUCAUUGUCAGAAAGUAAAAACUCCUCGGUAGACGAGAACAAUGACGGAGAAAACUUAAAUCACAGAGCUUAUACGUCAUUAAGGCAUACUCUGAUAAUCUUUGAAAAGUACAAAUUGUGGCACUUGGACGUGAACGUCCAUCAAAUCGGUCCAGGGUAUGUGGAAAUGACAAUGAACACAUUUUUUGGGCGAUUGUGUAUAUUGCAGACGGUGACGCCAAUGGAACCUCUUCUGCAAAAGGUGGUUCAUGUAAUUUACGCUCCGCCGUUGCUUUCCCCGUACGCCUUGAUCAUAUUCUUAGGGGAAAGCUUAAUGUUCGAAAGAGAUGUGGCCAUCUGGAACAAAAAAAAAUUCGAGAAGCAACCACUCCUCGUGAAAGAAGAUAGAAGCAUCCUCUCUUACCGCAGGUGGUACUCUCAGUUCUAUUCGCAGCGUAGCCCCAGUUAUCAUUCCGCCAUGAAAUCUUUGCAGUGGUAGCAGGAUAUUCUUUCUCUUGCAACGAAACGUUGUUCGAUCUUCGAAAAGAUUCUAUGAUAUUAAUAAUAAUCGAAACAAUAAUAGUAUUAAUGAAUAAAAAAAAAUUUGUGUACUAUAAUACGUGGAAAUAAUUUCGAUAACGGCUACAAUGUGUAAAAACAACGAAAAAUAGUUUAUUCAAUAUUUAUCACAUUUGCACUAGUUACUCUGGUUCAACACACAAGAUGCAAACACGGUCUGUUCGAAAACGAUUACAGUAAAUUUCGUAUAAACUUCUUUUAUUAUUCUUGUGUACUGAAUCCAUCGCCAAAAUCGUGCUCAUGUAUUAUAGUACACCCUAUAUAUGCAGGGUACAUCACUAAAAAUAAAGCACUUACAUAUCCUCAUCGAUUAUAGUGAUAAACAAAUAUUUUCUGUGCAAUUUGAUGUUACAAAAUCAUUGCGGCCUGCCAUCCCAAUGAAAAUAAUUCCCAUUUCAGUGUCGUAUAUACAUCAUUGAAUACAUUUUAUGUAAUGUUAGCUAACAUAUACAGAGGGUGGGAUGUAUGUUCGCAUACGCCAACCGAUAUACACCAAGUUAUCUUCAAAUGAAAAUAUAUUUUAUGGCAUAUUUUUAUUUUUAUUUAUUCUUGUCGAAUUUCGUAUCACCGCAAACGAAGAAAAUAUUUAGGUGGCUCACUUCAGCUGAUGCACCCUGGAUAUAUUUGGAUGGGUCACAAGAAGCAGGAGACAUAAAUAUCUUUGUUAAAUUGAAACAGGAAUACGUGAAAACCUCCGAGGAAAAAGUUGUGCCGUUUCAAAAGCGAACGUGACAUCCUGUUCAAGGCCAUUCAAAGAUUAUCAGUAUUUUUUAGUUUAAAUGUCGAUACAUUAUAAUUAUUUUUGCAACAAGUUUCCAAUAUAUAAAUGUAACAGAAAUAGUUAAGUGUUCCGCUUUUCGUGAC